GUCAGACUGUUCUGAAUGUUUGCGGGCAAACGAACGAGCUCCACCCUCCCGAUCCCCGAUAACUCCUCCAUCAAAACCCCAAUUCGAUCAAUUGGAUUCCUCCAUCCAUCCUUGAGAAAGCUCUCACUUCCCCUCCUCUCGCUCCCCGCGACCCGGAGCUUCAGAUCUCUCUCCUUCUCCAUCCGAUCCCCUUCCCCCAUCUCCAUCCUCUCCCAAUCUCUUGACCGUGGCAUGGACGGGGUGGAAUCCGACAAGAAGCUCUUCACUCGGUUGAGGUUGUGGGAAUUCCCGGACCGCUAUGUUUUUGAGAACGCUGAUGGUGUUGCUGAUUCGUAUCUCUCGAUCAGUCGUGCUGAUGGAUCUAUGGAAUUGAUUGGAGAUCUUCCACAGUGUGCUACCGGCCAAUCUCCCAAAGUACGAACAGUGUAUGGCUUGAUUGGUGUGCAGAGGAUUUUAGUAGGUUCAUAUUUAUUGGUAAUAGCACAACGUGAGUGUGUUGGAUCUUACCUGGGCCAUGCUAUCUACAAAGUUUCACGCCUUGAAAUUUUGCCAUGCAAUCUUGCUCUCAAGAAUACUGAUGCGGCAAAGAAAAAGAUGGAGACCGAGUUUUCCAUGUUGCUAAAUGCUGCAGAGGGGACUUCUGGUCUGUACUUUUCCUAUGAUGUCAACUUAACUCUUUGUGCCCAGAGGCUUCAUGAUUUAGGAGAUGAGUCAAAGAAACUUCCCCUUUGGAGACAGGCAGAUCCCAGAUUUCUUUGGAAUAAUUACAUGUUGGAACCACUAAUAGAUAACAAUCUUGAUCCAUACUUGCUUCCAGUCAUCCAAGGCAGCUUUCAAAACUUCCAAGCAGCUGUCAGGAGGGAUAUAAUCAAUGUUACUCUUAUCGCACGACGAUGUACAAGAAGGACAGGUACUCGAAUGUGGAGGAGAGGGGCUGACUCAGAUGGUUAUGUUGCAAACUUUGUUGAAACUGAACAAAUAGUGCAAUGGAAUGGUUUCUCAGCAUCGUUUGUACAGGUUCGAGGAUCCAUUCCGUUACUAUGGGAGCAGAUUGUCGACUUGACGUACAAACCAAGCUUUGAGCUUGUCAAAGCUGAGGAGGCGCCACGCGUUGCUGAACGCCACUUUUUAGAUUUAAGCAGAAAGUAUGGAUCUGUUUUAGCUGUUGAUCUUGUCAACAAGCAUGGAAGUGAAGGACGACUAGGAGAGAAGUUUGCCAAUGCUAUGCAAAAUAUUGCUAAUGAUAAUAUAAGAUAUGUGCAAUUUGACUUCCACCGGAUUUGCGGUCAUAUCCGUUUUGAACGCCUUUCUCUCCUUUAUGAGCAAAUGGAGGAAUACCUUAAAAAUCAUGGGUUUUUCCUAUUAAAUGAGAAAGGAGAGAAGGUUAAAGAGCAGACUGGUGUUGUAAGAACCAAUUGCAUUGAUUGCUUAGACAGAACCAAUGUUACGCAGAGCAUGAUUGGGAGGAAAAUGUUGGAAAGUCAGCUUCAUCAAAUAGGAAUUUUUGGUGCAGAUGAAACUAUUGGCUCACAUCCAGAUUUUGAUGCAAGUUUUAAAAUAUUGUGGGCUAAUCAUGGUGAUGAAAUAAGCAUCCAAUAUUCUGGUACUCCUGCCCUGAAAGGAGAUUUUGUAAGAUAUGGGAAGAGGACCGUUCAGGGAAUUUUCAACGAUGGAUGGAAUGCUCUAGCUCGAUAUUACUACAACAACUUUGCUGAUGGGACCAAACAGGAUGCUAUGGAUCUGCUGCAAGGGCAUUACAUCGUGUCUGUUAAUCGUGAUAUGGCUUUUCCAGCCCAACCAAAAGGGCUUGAGGCUUUUGCUUCUUUCCGACUGGCUAUGGUGCUGGUUUUAGCUGGACUAUUGUUUGCAUUUAUGUCACUCCGACAAGCUAGACUUGAUUUUCGCCAUUUAUUUUUCCCAUUUUUCUGGGCAAGCCUCAGUCUUGGUUUAGCAGCAUUUGUGAGAGCUAAUGGCCGGAUUUUCACAAACAGGCCUCGACUUUUCAGAUCACGGCAUUGGCAUUGAUAUUCCUCAGCUGCAGCCACAGCCAUAUAUCUGUUUCUUGUAGUCAUAUUCUCACUAAUUUUCUUUUUGGGAUUUUGAUUGUUAGUGGUUGAUUUGUUCUUGUUUGUAUUUCAUUUAUCA